GUUUUUUACAUAAAUAUUAAACAAAAUGCGAAAUUUCGCCGGAAAAACCAACGCAUCUUCGUUGACUACCUGUCGAGAUACAAUGGGCCAGAUAAAUGGUGGACGGUCAGUUAAAGGUCGGUCUACGCUCGGGUUAAGCAGGGUUAAAAUCGGCAAUUCUUUUAGAAUGUUUUUAUGAAACAAUCAAUGCAAGAAAAGGAUAAAAAGAAAGUUCUUCUUAAAACUUCUAAGAAAAAAUUGUCAUAACAACAAUUUUAAAGUUUGUAGGUACCUUGAAAUUUUGUAUUUAAGGCAGCAUGCAAAUAUUGUCCUUCAUUUCUAUCUUGGAAUUCUACCCGACCAAGUAUAACCAAAGAAAGGCGAGAUCAAAAUGGCUAGAAGGAGUUUAGAGCACAAAAUCGGAGGAAUUUUAAUAUUCGCUCGUGCUGACAGAAAUGUACAUGAAACAGAGCGACAAUUUAAUGAACGAUUUCCUGAACAUCCAAUUAGUCGAAAAUAUUUAAGAGAACUUGUAAAUAAGUUUUUGGAAACUGGAAGCGUCGAAGACCGCAAAAGAACUGGUCGUCGUUCGAUUUCUGAAGACACACAAGUGCAGAUAUUAACAGAAGUAGUUAAUGCGAACAUGAUGUCGUCUGCUGCUAUCGCAUCAACGUGUGAUGUGAGUCCAACAACGGCACGGAAAUAUUUAAAGAAGAAUAAAUAUCAUCCAUAUAAAAUUAAAAUGCUUCAUGAAUUAACAGAAGAUGACCCUGAUAGAAGAACAGAAUUUUUGAUGAAUGUACUUUCUUUUUGGAUGGAAAAUUGCAUCGGCAAAAUGUACGUUACUGGAGUGAUGUUAAUCUACAUGAAUAUCGCGAAGUUAACACUCCAUUUCCCAAGAAAAUAAAUGUUUGGGCAGGCAUAUUAGGAAAUCACAUCGUGGGACCAAUAUUCCUAACCGAAAAUUUGAC